AUGAAAAUCUACUACAUCGGCAUAUUGAAAAUCGGCGACAAGGCCAUCGAGUUGUCUUCGGCCAGCGAUCUCUCGCAGUUCUCGUUUUUCGAGCGCUCGUCCGUGGCUCAAUUCAUGACCUUUUUCUCUGAGACCGUGUCACAAAGAACACCCGCCGGCCAAAGGCAAAGUAUCGAGGAGGGCAACUAUGUAGGUCACACAUACACACGUUCGGAAGGCUUGUCGUGCGUGGUGAUCACGGACAAGGAGUAUCCCGUCAGGCCGGCAUACACGCUCAUCAACAAGAUCUUGGAGGAGUACUUAUCUUUGCACCCGGCGAGCCAGUGGAAUGCCGUAACCGAGCCCAGUGCCUCCUUGCAAUAUGAUCAGUUGGCUGUGUACUUGAAAAAGUAUCAGGACCCGAGCCAGGCGGACUCCAUCAUGAAGGUGCAGCAGGAGUUGGACGAAACCAAGAUUGUGUUGCACAAGACGAUAGAAAGCGUGUUGCAGAGGGGCGAGAAGCUCGACUCCUUGGUGGACAAGUCUGAGGCGUUGUCGCUGUCAUCGCGCAUGUUUUACAAGCAGGCGAAGAAGACCAACUCCUGUUGUGUCAUUGUGUAG